AUGGCUAGAUCUUCGUUCACGCGUCAGAAUCAUCAGGAUCACCGUCGUUACUUGGAAAUGUUGAAAUCAGAAUUUAUAAAAAGAUACGAAGAUCCUACUCCGUCAGAAAAAACUCCAACCGAUUAUGAUAGUAUAAAGGCGAUUGGCAACGGAGCUUACGGAGAAGUAUUUUUAGUCAGAGAUAAAAGUACAUUUACAUAUCAUGCCAUGAAAGUCGUUGCAAAAGAAAUUGUCGUUGAACGUAGACAUGUAAAACAUUUAAUAUUGGAAAAGAAAAUUCUUCAGUGUGUUCAGUUUCCUUUUGUUGUUUCGUUAGAUGACGCAUUUAAAGAUAAUAUAUACCUUUACUUUAUAUUGCCGUAUAUGGCUGGAGGAGAAUUAUUUACGUACAUACAAAAAUAUGGUAAUUUUUCAGACGAGUUAACGAAAUUCUAUGCUAGUCAAGUAGCGUUAGCAUUAGAGUAUUUGCAUUAUUGUGAUGUGAUCCACAGAGAUAUAAAACCUGAGAAUAUAUUGAUCGAUACAAAUGGAUAUAUUAAACUAUGUGAUUUUGGAUUUUGUAAAAUACUUAAGAAGAAAACAUGGACUUUGUGUGGUACACCUGAAUAUUUAGCACCUGAAGUCAUAAUGUCAAAAGGUUAUUCGUUUUCGGUAGAUUGGUGGGCACUCGGCGUUUUAAUUUUCGAGAUGUGUUCAGGAUUCCCUCCCUUCUUUGCCUCUGACCCAAGCAAAUUGUAUGAGAAAAUUCUAGAAGGUCACUACAAAUGUCCAGAUAAUUUGAAUUCUGAUUGUAAGAAUUUGAUAAAGAGUUUGUUACAAGUAGACCCCACGAAACGUCUCGGAUCUUUAAAAAAUGGUGCCUAUGAUAUCAAAGCUCAUCCCUGGUUUAAUGAUAUUUGUUGGCAAUCUAUAUUGCAUCAACGGGUUCAAGCAGCAUUUGUUCCUAUUUGUCCUUCGCCAGGUGACACAAGCAAUUUUCCAGAAAUACAACAAAUAAAACUUAAAAAGAGUUCGAAGUACUAUUACGCAAAAGAGUUUGAAGAAUUUUAA